UAACAAGCAAGGGAAGCCGGAGCGCCCUGUUGAGUUCUUUCUGCGCAUGUUUCGCCCUUCACAGCGAGUUCUUCUCCAAUUUGGGCUCAAGUUUCUUACUACCCCGCUGGGGUUGGAUCUCCGAGAUGAAGAAAUGCUGUCCUUCAGGGAUGUGGCCAUUGAUUUCUCUGCAGAGGAGUGGGAAUGUCUGGACUCUGCUCAGUGGAAUCUGUACAGGGACGUGAUGCUGGAGAAUUACAGCCACCUUGUGUUCCUGGGCCUUUCGUUCUCUAAGCCGUUAUUGGUCAGAUUUCUGGAGAAAAACCAAGAGCUUCGGACUGUGAAGGGAAAAGCAGCUGCUGUGCCCCGAGGGAAAAAGCCCUAUAAAUGUAAAGAAUGUGGCAAAGCCUUGGCUAAGAGCUCGGUCCUUACUCAUCACCUGAGAAUUCACACUGGAGAGAGACCCUACAAGUGUGACAUCUGUGGCAAGGCCUUUUCUCUGCUCUCCAUACUUCACAGCCACCAGAAAAUUCACACCAGAGAGAAACGUUACAAGUGUGAAGUGUGUGGCAAGGCCUUUUCUCUGCUCUCCACGCUAAUUAAUCACCACAAUAUUCACACUGGAGAGAAACCCUACAAAUGUGAAGUGUGUGGCAAGGCCUUCUUUAUGCCUUCCACACGUACUAACCACCAAAAAAUUCACACUGGACGGAAACCCCACGAGUGUGAAGUAUGUGGCAAAACGUUUUCCAGCCCUGCAGACUUUACAAAACACCAAAGAGUUCAUACCGGAGAGAAACCAUACAAGUGUGAAGAGUGUAAAAAACCCUUCAGUAAUCUCUCAGCCCUCAGUAGACACAGAGUAGUCCACACUGGGGAGAAACGGUACACUUGUGAGAAAUGCGGCAAAGCGUACAGCAGGAGUUACCACCUUAGUCGACACAAGAAAGCUCAUGCUGGACAGAAGCCCUACAAGUGCAAAGAAUGUGGCAAAAUGUUCUACUAUUCUUCAGACCUUAAGAGACAUCAGAGAAUUCAUUCUGAGGAGAGGCCCUACGAGUGUAAGGAAUGUGGCAAAGCCUUUCCCAGUCCUUCAGAUGUCACUCAACAUGCAAGAACCCAUAAGAGAGUGAAGCAAUACACCUGUGACGGUUGUGGCGAGUGCUUUACUAUUCAGACAACAUUUUCUAACCUCCGCAAAAUUCGUCUUGAGGGAAAGCCAUCUGGAUGUGAGAGAUGUCGAAAGACCUUUGGUAGUUCUUCGCAUAGACUUCUGGGAAAUGUAGUCUCUUUCAGCAUGACUCCGCUAGACCGGACUCUUCUCUCUGUGCUUCCGGUUCAUUUUGCUUUUGUGUUUCUCCAAACUCUGCGGCUUUCUCAAAGUUGGGACAGUGUGGCUUGUGACAGCUCCGCGUUGGAUAUGGAGGACCUUCUAUCAUUCACAGAUGUGGCCAUUGAUUUCUCUGCAGAAGAGUGUGAAUGUCUGGACUCUGCUCAGUGGAAUCUGUACAGGGACGUGAUGCUGGAGAACUACAGCCACCUUGUGUUCCUGGGUCUUGCUUUCUCGAAGCCGUACCUGGUCACAUUUCUGGAGCAGAGUUCAGAUCUGUGGAGCGUGAGGAGAAAAGCAUCAGCGGCCAUCCAUCUAGUAUCCAAAGCCCAUAAAUGUAAAGAAUGUGGGAAAGCCUUUGAUAGGAACUCAGUCCUUAUUCAACAUCAAAGAAUUCAUACUGGAGAGAGACCCUUCAAGUGUGGAGAAUGCGGCAUGGCCUUUACCGGUCGCUGCAUUCUCUCUAAGCACCAGCGAAUCCACACUGGAGAGAAACCCUACAAAUGUAACGAAUGUGGCAAAGCUUUCAGCUGUUCUUCCAACCUUCACCAGCACCAACAAAUUCAUAGGGGAGAGAAACCCUACAAAUGUGAUGACUGUGGGAAGGCCUUUAGGUGUUCUUCCUAUCUGUAUAAGCAUCAGCGAAUACAUACUGGCAUGAAACCCUACAAAUGCAAGGACUGUGGUAAGGCCUUUUACUGUUCUGCAAACCUUAUUUACCACCAGAGAAUUCAUACUGGAGAGAAACCAUAUAAAUGUGGUGAAUGUGGGAAAGCCUUUACCAUUUACUCAACAUUUAUGAAUCACCAGCGAACACAUAGUGGGGAAAAACCCUAUGAAUGCAAAGACUGUGGGAAAGCCUUUACUAACUGUUAUAAUCUAAUUCAACACCAAAGAAUUCAUACUGGUGAGAAACCCUAUGCAUGUGAAGAAUGUGGCAAAUCUUUUAACUAUUCUUCUCACCUUAAACAACACAAAAGAAUUCAUACCGGAGAGAAACCUUAUAAAUGUGAAGUGUGUGGCAAAGUUUUUAACUGUUCUCAUUAUUUGGUUAAACAUCAAAGAAUCCAUACUGGAGAGAAACCCUACAAAUGUGAAGUAUGUGGCAAAGCUUUUAGCUUUUCUACAUAUCUGCAUAAGCAUCAAAGAACCCACACUGGAGAGAAACGCUACAGAUGUGAAGAAUGUGGCAGAGCUUUUACUAAUUAUUCAGGGCUUAUUGUUCACCGAAGAGUACAUACUGGAGAGAAACCCUACAAAUGUGAAGAAUGUGGCAAGGCCUUUAGUGUUUACACAUCGCUCUCUAAACAUCAGAGAAUUCAUACUAGAGAACAACCUUACAAAUGUGAUGAAUGUGGAAAGACAUUUAAUGUUCACUCAACAUUCUCUAAACAUCAGAUAAUGCAUACCAGAGAGAAACCCUACAAAUGCAAACACUGUGACAAGACCUUCAAAUAUCCUUCAUCCCUUGUUCAACAUGAAAGAAUUCACACUGGAGAGAGACCCUACAAAUGUGAAGUUUGUGGCAAGGCCUUUACUUCUUCUUCAAAUCUUAAGUAUCAUUGGAGAUGUCAUACUGGUGAGAAGCCCUAUAAAUGUGAACAAUGUGGCAAAGCCUUUAAAAAUAGUUCAAAUGUCACUCGACACUACAAAAUUCAUACUAGAGAUAAUCCAGAUUAAUGCAAACACUUUUGUAAGCCUUCCAUAAUUGUUUAUUGACAAUUCAACACUAAAGAAUUCAUAUGAAAGAAAAGCCUUAGAAAUAAAAGGAAUAAGGGAAGACCUUUAAUAAGUAAUGGAGAGAUCAUGAAAUGGCGAAGAAGAUGGCCAUGUUGAGCAUUCUAUAUUUAUGGAGCAUCAAAAUUUUUCGAGAAAUUCUACAAAUGCAGGUAAUGAAGGAACUGCUCAUUAACCAUGAGUGAUUUAUAACCAUAUGUUAUACAUGACUUGGAAGGAACACUGACAAAUAUAUAAACUGAGAAAACCAAACUGGUUCAGUAAAAAGCACUCUGUAAACAGUGUAGAUCUUAAGAGAUUUGAGAAAAUUAUCUGUCAUAAGAGACAAAUUCCAGGAGCUGUAUAGCAUUUAACAAACCACCAGAAUUAAUACAAAACUGUGAAUUCACUAAAAAAUGUUUGGUGUGAUAUAAAAACUCAUUAUAGACUUUGGAAUCAUGCAGAUAAGUUUGUGAGGACAUCAAUAUGUUAUAAAUUGAAAUUAUAACAUAAGCUCAAUUUUGAAAAGUGAUAAGGUUACAUGACUAGUGAUUUUAUCGGAAGAACAAGACUGAGUCCUGAGGUCUCCAUCUGUUUUUUUCUCUUAAAGACAAUAGAUACAUUAUUGGAAUAUGAA